AGAGAAGAUUGCAACUUAUUGGCCUUUAGAUACGGAGCUGUGCUGUCGGCGCUUUCACCAAACGGUGAAUAGUGCUGAAGUUUGACUUGAGGCUGAGUGCUGGCCUUUUCCCGCGACCUGACUGUAAUAUAUACCAAAAGGACACAGGAGCCUCGGACUGGCAGCUGUUACUGCUUCCCAUCCAAUCCUAUCGCGAGUAAGUGUGGCCAGCAUGCAGACUGAUAGCGCUCCGUCCUGAGACGACCAACACGCCUACCCAUGCAGACGCAGCCAGAUAAAGCUAUUAGCAAUGAAAGUGAAAAUGUGCCCCAGAGUAGAGUGCUAGGAAUUAAUUAGCAGUCCUAUUGCAGAGAUAGAAACAGGUUUGGAGUUUCCCCCCUGCCUUUGAGUUUGACAGAGGGAAUCUUCCUAUCGAUUGGCAAGGCGCUAACCGGUCGUGAAAAUGCAAUAUCGUAAAGAGUUUCCUUCUUCUGCUGGGCGAGUCUCAAGCUGACUGGAGUGAGGGAAGGACACAGGCUCGCCACCACACGGGGAUAGUAUUGCCCCGAUUGAAUCCAAGUUCCCAGGUCACCCGCACGCCAUUUAAUCCUAGACCACUUCUCAUCGUCAGUUUGUUUAUGACCGUGCUGUCUCAAAUCACACCUGGCCUCAGCCCAGUGCAGCUGGUCAGUGAGCCCGAUGUUUACUGGAUAUGUGUGACGGAGAUGUGUUCUGAGAUUACAUAACCAGUUGCCAGCUGAUGUCAUGAACCGGCACAUCACAGUGAGCCUCAUGGAAACGGAACCGUCAGGCGUGAUACGGAAAUUCCAAGUGUGAAUGAAAUCCGAUUUAUGGAAGUGAUUAUGUAUAUGUGCUGUGUUUUCAUCCCGGUUUUCGCAUUCGACAUAAAGAAUGCUGGUACGUGUCCGACCUGGAGACUGAGGGUUUAAGCGACAGAGAUAACUUGUGUUGUGUGUGUAGGGUCGUUUUAAUUGUCUUCUGACAAGGCAUUUGUACAAGCUCUUUAACAAGCCGUUCUCCAGUUAUCUCACCUGCGUACUUAAAUUACUCUUAAUUUACUCCUCGAUUGGCAAACUUGCAUAGUUAUCUUUAUCCAUAUGUGUAGCCCGGCUGUCACGGGCGAUUAUUUCCAACUGCUUUGUGACGACUCGUGGAUUAGCUGCCGUCAUGGCAGACAACCUGACCUCGGUUCUCAUUGACGGUAACAAUUCUGUGACAGACACGGGCGUAGCCACACCUCCCUUCAGCGUCUUCACCGUGUUUGAGGGCAUAUUAAUGCUACUCAUCAUGAUGGGGGCUGUCACUGGCAACAUCCUCGUCAUACUCAGCGUUUACAAGUACGAACGUCUCCGGGUGAUCACAAAUUAUUUCAUAGUGUCAUUGGCCUUCGCUGACCUCAUCGUUGCUCUCAUUGUGAUGCCCUUCAACUUUAGCAUCGUGGUCACGAAGCGCUGGAUCUUCGGUAGGGCGCUUUGUGACAUUUUCAACUCCAAUGACGUUCUCUUCUCUACAGCGUCAAUACUACACCUGUGCCUUAUCAGUAUGGACCGUUAUAUCGCAAUUAUGCAUCCUUUGCAAUAUGAGACCAAGAUGUCAUCGUGUCGUGUGGUGUUAAUGCUGAGCAUAACAUGGGGAGCUUCCGCGCUUAUAUCUUAUAUCCCUAUUUAUUCACGGUGGUACACGACAGCUGAAAACCUCAAGUAUUUAGAAAGUCACCCUGAGGAGUGUAACUUUAUUGUGAGUCGUAUUUACGCAGUCAUCUCGUCGUCGGUGUCCUUCUGGACACCUUCCGUGAUCAUGGUGUUCGUCUACGCGAAGAUCUAUCGCGAGGCCCGACGGCAGGAACAGCAAAUCCAUGCCAUCUGUAUGCGUCACAUGACCAACCUAACCAACGGCCGUUCCGGUUCCCGAGACUCGGACGACUGUGUCGAGAGAAGCGAAGGAAAACGACUGAAACGUGAGCACAAAGCUGCUAAAACGUUAGGCAUCAUCAUGGGAGCCUUCAUCAUGUGUUGGCUACCGUUUUUUCUCUGGUACACCAGCUCUCAUUUGUGUGGUGAGGAAAAUUGUCCCACACCAGACAUUGUUGUCUCUAUUUUAUUCUGGAUUGGAUAUUUUAACUCUUGCCUAAAUCCUAUAAUCUAUGCUUUUUUCAAUCGCGACUUCCGGACGGCUUUUCGGAAGCUGUUGCGGGUAGAUAAAUGGUGUAAGAGAGACCCUAGUACUAUGGCGCUAAACGCCACCUACACGUCCGAUCACCGCGACUCGGGCACUAUGCAGUUUACGUACGAUGUGUCACGGCGUGGGCGCUGCUGCCGAUGACGUCGGCGUUAUACUUUUAUGCACUAAUAUCUGUGUCCAAGUGUUUUGCUGCUGACGGGAAGUGAGUGUUAUUGUGAGAAUUAUAUUACAGUGGUCAUUGUGGAUACCAUUUACUGGCAGGUAAAAGGAAACAGCAUGGGUAUAUAAUUACUCAUUAUAACAGAGAUACGCAGUUCAAUAUCCAUAAAAAUAAGCCAAUGAGUUAGAACAAAGAGCUGCCUAGGGAUGUUGUCCACUCUGCUGGUGUGUAUCUCAGGUGACUGCAGUCUGUCAUCUCAGCCAUUUUGUCUUCAAAUAUACGUUAAUUUAACAUAUGUC